AUGUUUGUAUAAGACAUGCAAUUUAUACGAUCAAGCGAAUAAAACUUUGUCAUAAACACUCAGUCCUUUCAAACUGUUGUCUUUUAAUAUGAUAGAUUAAUUCAAAUGCAAGUGCCAGAGAAAUAGCUUUAUGAUAGUUUAAAAAACAGGGCUCUAAAAUUGGGGCAGACAAUAAUGAUAAGUGGCAAUCCCUUCAAGGUUUUUUUAUUGGAUCCUCUGCAUGGUCAUGUAGGUGACACAACUUCAAUUCUGUGUUAUCCAGGAGAUUUGAGCAAUAAUCGAACAUUAUAACAAGUUCAAUUCCUGAAUCUGUCCCAAGAGAAGAAGGAACACAUUACCAGGCUUCCUAUAAACCAGCAUAUUAGCCAAGAUCAAUAGAUAAUUAUUGAUGGACUGCUUAUGCAAGUUAUACGGUGCUAGCCUGAGGAUGGAAUAUUUCGAUAGUAAACUGAAUGCAGGAUUGUGAACUCUGGGAAACCCAUGUUAUAGGAAAUCUAGAUAGUAAUUCAGAAUUAGUAAGAACCAAAUAAAUAAGAAUUACUUAAAAAUUACAUAUAGCCUUAUUUUAUGAUUCCUAGGUAUGUGAGAGAAGGCUCUAGAUUAAGGAUUAAGGAAGUAGAUUUUAUGAUUAAAUCGUGUAAGCCAAAGAAAGGAUUCAUUGAUAGCAGAACCAUAAUUCAGUUGUUUGAUAAUGAGCAAUUUACAUUUAAAUCCAUGAACGAUGAGGAUGAAGAAACUGGGGGAUUAUAGGUUUAAAUAAACACCCUCAAAAUUCUAUAAGAUAAAACAGCUUCCCGAAAUCAAUUCGUUUAAAAAAGAAAGAAGUUGUAUAGUAUGAUGGAGAACUAUUGUCAAUAUGACGAAAAAGAAAAUUAGAUCGUGUUGUCUUCAAGGGACCUAAGCAGUCGAAGCCAAUCCAUCAAUGAUUUCCCCAUCUUCCCAAACACAUUUCUUUCGCAAUUACACAAAGAGAUUGACGAGGUCUCUCAUGAUUUAGAAAGUGAUCUUAUGGAUAGUGAUGAAACCUAUUAAGGGAUUGGACUUCAUGAGUAGAAUCAAAAAUUGUCAUAGAUGACUCUGCCUGUAUUCUUCAAAAAUAUACUCAUCUCCAAUAAACAUGGAGCCAAUAGAUAAUCAAGAUUACAAUAACCUGAAUAACCCUAUUCUGAUGAUUCCUCUUUAGAUAGAUCUAUAGAUUCGGACAAUAAUGGACAGUAAUAAUAAAGUGAAACUUCUAUUCUCAUUCAUGAAGAUCAACCUCAUUUGAUAGCUCUUCCUCGAUAUUUUGAUGAAAUCGUGUUAUUUAAUUCACAAAGAUGGUUGCCAAUCAUUCAUGAUGGAGUUUCAUAGAAUAUCAUAAACAAAUUCCCAGAGAGGAAAAUUGAUCUUCAAUGGAUUCAAAAUAAAGGGAAAAAUGAGAAUGCUGACUUUUGUAAAUGUAUGAUCUGUUUAAUGGAUUACACUGACGAAGAAGUUGUGAGAACAUUACCUUGUCUCCACUAUUUCCAUUGUGAAUGCAUAGAUUUCUGGCUGGCCAAAAGUCGCAAAUGCCCAAUUUGUAAAACUGGAUGUGACUAAUAUCUGAACUAUUGA